CUUUGGACGGAAAGUGGAAAGUUCUACGUUGUGCGCACGCGCUCCCCGGGAUUAAUGUCAAGACACAAAAGUGGCGCUACACCGUUUCGAGCUCUCCUCCGGUGGUUGCCUUAGCGAUGGACGGGGAGUCAGAACCAAACCCUGUCGUAGCAGAAGAGGCAGGGGAGCGGGUGGAGCCCAUGGAUGCCACUCCUUCCCCCCAGCAAAAGACCACGCCCUCCUCAGAGGAGGCCGGGGAGGCAGUUUCCAUGGUAACGGAAGAUGAUGACGCCACAAAGGAGGGCAGCACAGAGGACAAUGAUGAUGAUGUGGUUCUGGUAGGGGAGGAGGCUCCUCAGCCUUCUGCCACAACCAUUUCCCAAGACACGCCCAGCACAGACGGCCUAGAGCUGGCUGCGUCUGUGGCAUCUCUAGACAUGUCCACUGCAGCAAAGCCUUCCGAGACCCCCACUCCUCCUGCGUCUUCCAGCGCAUCCACAGUGGAAGCACCUCCAAAACCUCCAACCACAACAGCAGAGCCUAUUGUCAUUGAUGAUGAGGAGGACUCUGAACAGAAAGACACUUCCUCCUCCUCACCAGUACCCCCUGGAGGCUCCUCCGUAUCCCACUCGCCAGGUGCACUCAGCAGCACCGAGCCAGAUUCAGAGAUCAGGAUCGCCAGCGUCACCACAUUGGGCUCCAGUAGCCAGAAAGGAAGCUCCACCGUUUCUGCAGUAAAUAGUCCGCAGCAUCCAGUGGACAUCCAGGCAGACAUGAACCUGAUGAUAACCUCGGUGACAUCGCUGCAGGGAGGAGCAGCGGCUGUCACAGCGGCAGGUGAAGGCCAGGCAGAGGAAAAUGGUCUGCAGAUAAGCAAUGCAUUCAGCCUGAAUCCCGACACCCCAUCUGGUCGACCAACAGCCUCCUUCAACCCUGGGCGGGGCUCAGGCCCCAUGGGCCAGCUGGUACAGAAUGGAGACACAGGGACACACAACAGAGCAGAUUCGUGGAUCUCCCAGUCAGCGUCAGUCCCCCGCAACCAAAAACAGACAGGAGUAGAUUCCCCGUCACCAGCCACCUCGCUGCCCAAACCUCCAGGCCAGUCUUCCUCAUCUACUUCCUCCUCAGGCUCCCAGCAACAGCCCAGGACAGUCAAGGUGACCUGUGCUAACUGUAAAAAGCCUCUGAAGAAAGGCCAAACAGCCUACCAGCGUAAAGGCUCCACACACCUGUUCUGCUCCACCACCUGUCUCUCUGCCUUCUCACACAAACCCGCCCCCAAGAAGAGCUGCACCAUGUGCAAAAAGGACAUCACAAACAUGAAAGGUACCAUCGUGGCCCAGGUCGACUCCAGCGAGUCUUUCCAGGAGUUCUGCAGCACAGGCUGCCUAGGCGCAUAUGAGAACAAGCAAAACCCGCCCAAAUCGGGCCUCAAAACCAAAUGUACUGUCUGCGGAAAGCUCACAGAGAUCCGGCACGAGGUUAGCUUUAAGACUGUGACUCAUAAGAUCUGCAGCGACGCAUGUUUCAACGUUUACCGCAGGGCCAACGGGUUGAUCAUGAACUGCUGCGAGCAAUGUGGCGACUACCUGCCCAGCCGAGCGUCAGCCAACCACUUUCUGCUGGUCGAUGGCCAACAAAAACGAUUCUGCUGCCAGAACUGCAUCAGGGAGUACAAGCAGGCGCACAGUAAACUUGCGAGCUGCCUGACUUGCAAAACGCUGAUCAAGACGGGUGAGGUGCUGCACAGCCUCGGAGCAGGCAGCGCCAUGGGCUCCUACUGCUCUGUCACCUGCAUGAACAAGGGCAAACUCGGGUCACCCUCCUUUCUCAAUACGGAGCCCACGUGUCACUUCUGUAAGAGGAAUUCAUUACCGCAGUACCAGGCCACGCUGCCAGAGGGAAACAUCCUCAACUUCUGCAGCUCACAAUGUGUUACCAAGUUCCAGAAUGCUACUCUUCAAACAGCCACCAAUGGACAGACACCCCUCUCCACUCUAAACAACACCGUCCAGCUGAAAUGUAACUACUGUCGAGGAGCGUUCAGUUUGAAGCCUGAAACUCUGGAUUGGGAGGACAAAGUCUACCAGUUCUGUAGUAAGACGUGUUGUGAGGACUACAAGAAGCUCCACUGUAUUGUGACAUUUUGUGAGUACUGCCAAGAGGAAAAGACGCUACAUGAGACAGUCAAGUUCUCCGGGGUCAAGAGACCUUUCUGCAGCGAAGGCUGUAAGCUGUUAUAUAAGCAGGACUUCAUCAAGCGGUUGGGUCUGAAGUGUGUCAGCUGUAACCACUGCAACCAGCUCUGUAAGAGAGGUGUGACCCGGCAGCUGGGAGGCUUGACUCGGGACUUCUGCAGCGAGGCGUGUGCCAAGAAGUUCCACGACUGGUACUACAAGGCAGCGCGGUGUGACUGCUGUAAGGUGCAGGGUAACCUGACGGAGUCUGUGAUGUGGAGAGCAGAGAUGAAGCAUUUCUGCGACCAGGAGUGUCUGUUGAAGUUCUACUGCCAGCAGAACGAGCCCAUCAUGGUCACACAGAAAGGCCCCGAGAACACCAGCCUGGGGUUUGAAAUGCAAGGGGCCAAACUAGGGCUCGUGAACCAGGGUACUGUGGCGUACGCUGGUGGAGGUUUGGUGAGAGAUGUCAAGAACAAGGCAGUGCUCUGCAAGCCGCUCACCCUGACCAAGGCUACCUACUGCAAGCCACACAUGCAGAGCAAACUUUUACAGACAGAUGUAGACGAUGGUGUGAAGAGGGAGUAUGUUCCUGUACCCAUACCCGUGCCUGUCUUCAUCCCCAUGCCCAUGAAUAUGUAUUCCCAGGUCACUCCCACUCCAGUCUCUCUGCCUGUACCGGUUCCUGUGCCUGUGUUCCUGCCCACCACCCUGCAGGGGGCAGAACAGAUCAUCCAGACCAUCAACGAACUAAAAAACAAGGUCCCCUCUGACCCUCUGGAGGCCGACCUGCUCUCCAUGGCUGAGAUGAUCGCAGAGGACCAGAAGCCAGAUGUGACGCCGGUGAAGGUGAAGAAGGAGCGUGGUGGGGAGGAGUCCUCCGUCAGCAGCUCUGAGCAAGAGGAGGAGAAAGAGGAGGAGGAGGAGGACAAGUGCGAACCUGACUUGGACCUGGAGGCAGACUUCCCCCAAGCCUCAGACCCUGUUCCAGUCCUGGAGGGAAUGGACGAGGACAUGGGCUUCUCUCUACCUCCAGUCCUGGCAGAAGAAAAGGAGGAGAAGGAGGAGAAGGAAGAGUCCACACCGCAGCCCCAGCCCAGGAGACAGGGGAACAAGAGGCAGGCGGUAGAGGAGAGCUCAGAUUCAUCGUCGUCGUCCUCAUCCCGACCAGCAGGCAGACGCUCGGAAGGACGAUCGCUGCCUCUCAAAGCUCGCUACGGCAUCAAUGCCUGGAAGCGCUGGGCACUGUCUCCUUCUGACCCAUCAGAUGACACCAAAGUAAAGGACGGCUCCAAACCAGCCCGGUCGAAAAGCAACCUUUUGUUGCUGAGUUCAGAGGAGCUGAACGUGGCUCUGUCCCGGUUUGUCAGGGAGGUCUGCCGGCCCAGUGGGGAGCGCUACUCUCCAGACAGCAUCCUCUACCUCUGUCUGGGGAUCCAGCAGCAUCUUCACGCCAAAGGCCGGAAGGAUGACCUGUUCAGUGACCUUUGCUACCAGCAGUUUGGAGAGGAACUGAACAAGGUCCUGAAGGACUGGCAGCCCAGUGUGCUUCCCGAUGGCUCCCUGUGGGGUCGAGUGGAGGAGAAGAGCCUGUGGAGCAGUCGGCAGCUCGGGGAGCAGAGUCCCGCCAGUCUGCUGCGUUCGCUGGUUUACCUGAACACCAAAUAUCUCGGCCUGCGCACCGUGGAGCAGCACCUCCGCCUCUCCUUCGCCAACGUCUACGGCCCUGACACCGUCCAUCCUGUCACCAAGGAGACCACCGUCUGCAUCCGUGUGCCUUCCAUCUCUCAGGAUCAACAUGUGCAAACAGAGUCUAGGAAGAGGAAGCGUAAGUUGGAGGAGGGCGAUCAGGACUAUGAGCCAGACGACGACUCAGGAGGCUCCACUGUGCGCUGCCCGGUCAAGAAGCACGAGUGUCACCUAUACCAUCUCUACAGGUCAAAGUGCCCGACGUUGUUGCAGGACCGUCUAGACAUCUUCUACGUUCAGCCGGAUCCGGCCUGCAGCCCCGACGACCCGCUGUGGUUCAACUCCACGCCGCUGGAGCGGCGGAUCCUGGAGAGCCUCCUCACCAGAGUCCUCCUGGUCAGGGACAUUUACACAGACAGACAACACCUGGAGGAAGACGAGGAGGAGGACAGGGGUGAAGCAGUUGGGGGAGAGUAGCAGUCGCUUGGACUUCUGUUAGUAGAGCCUGAACAGUCAACAGAGGAGGAGGAAAAGGACGUUAGCUUGUAGUGUGUGUGCUCCUCCCCUGUUUUAGCAUCCGGUCCUCCUUACCCUCCUGGUGAGGCACGUCCGCAACAGAAAUCCUGAAGAUGUUGAUGAUGAUGAAUGUGGUGGUCAGGAGCAGCCAAAACUUGUACUUCUGCUGAUAAAGUCACAAACAGAGGAGGAGGAAGAGGUAAUGUAGCUAGAGGACAAAAAUUUUCUCUCCAGUCAAAGAACAGAGGAGGAGGAACAGGUACAGAUGUCUCCUGAUGUAAGGAACUAGGUGGGAUUACUAGGAAUAUGAGGAGAAAGGGAUAGAGGAGGUGGAUCAGUAAUCUGUUCUUAUGGUCAAACAAAGUAAAUCAGGUAGAAGACAGUGUACAAACGGUUAUCAUCAUCAUAUUUUGAAAAGAUGGGACGUGCUGUGGUGCAUUGCCAACAAUUCUGAGGACGUAGCUUGUUUAUAAUGCUCCAACAAGCAGCUUACAGCUAUUCAAGCUUGUAACAAUGCAGAAUCACGCUUUAACAGAGGUUAUCGGCAGCCACCAGGAGGCUACCAGGAGGCACCAAGCAGACACAUAAGCCAAAGGACAGGAAGCCAUGGAGUUUUUCUCUUAGGCUCCAGCUUCAUGUCCUCCUCGCCAUCGCUCUGCGGAUGGUAAAGAGGCAGUGGAGUGCUCGGGGUCCAGAUAGUAACUUCACAGAUUUUUACAGAGUGAAUCAGUGAGAAACGGAGAAGGCAGAGAAGAAAGUUGGAGAGUUGGAAAUUCCAUCACUAGGUCAUGUUGUGGAAAAUAGAAACACAGCCAGUCAUAGGAUUUUCUCGGGCCAAAAUUAACUACUUUCUCCAACUUGGCCGCUAAUUUUGUUUGUAUCUGGCAGAACAGUAGCAACUGUAAGUGCCCUUUAUUUUUCAAAUGUGUAUUUAAUGAAUGAGUAAACACUAGAUAUUCUACAGCAUAGAAAUGUUGUUACACUGACUGACAGGUGGAAAGAUUCAGGUCUGUGGCAUCUUCGACAGCCCAACAGUGAUGUAACAAUGCACUUUUGAUUGAAGUGAAGGUGUAAUUUUUUUUUUUUUUGCUUAACAAUUAGGAAGUUUGAUGAAUUUAGGAUUUAAAGGUCGUGCGCACCCACACAACUUUUAGUUUGUGUGGGGCUUCUUAUCACAGUGAAAGAGUCCAUUUCGGACCAGGAGCAAAUGCGUCUCACUCUGUUCUUCAUAGAAAUCCGGUCUGACUACACCAUAAAGGUGUGGUCACCUUACACCUGGGUAUUCGCUACGUUACCCAUUCACUUCUAUUGACGCCUGAACGAGGGACGAAUCCAAGCGUUCAUUUCCUGUUUGGCUGUGAUCUCCAGCUGUUCUGGCAGACCCUCAGGUCAGAGUUCACCUUUAUUAUAAACCUUGGAUCGGGCGGAAGUGCUCGGUUUGCCACUAUAAGCAUUGCUGCACUGUGUGUGGCAAUGAAGACGUUAUUAUUUUAGCCUGUUUCAUAGCCAUAUUUUUACAUGAUCACACCACCAGACUGCAAACUUUUAUUACCUGCAUCAGAAACAUGAAAUCAAGUCCUUUUUUGGGGCAGAGUGCAGGGAAAUUUCAUAGGAAAUGCUAUGUGACCGUACCUUGAGUGUGUUUUAAUGAUUGUCAGUAUUUUUAAAAAUGACACUGUGUUGCGCUGACAGCAUCGAAGUCCAGUAAGUGCAUCGUGGAAACCUCCAGUUUGAGAAAUUUUUUCUCACGUAGUGUCUCCAUUGCAUUUUUAACUGCAUGGAGACGGAAUUUCUGACUCUCCAACAUGUCUCGAACGCCUCUUCCUCGCAGUCAGGGCCGACCUACUGUGUCGCACGCCUCCGCUGACUGGGCUGCUUUCAUUGCUUCACAUCAUCCCGCUCACUGCUCUUCCUCUGUCAGUACUGCUCUCAGGCGAAACUGUGGAGCCACGGAGGACUUCAGCUCAGAAGGACGGGGGUCAGGACUGAUCCCAGGACAGAAAAAUAAGGACUAAACCUUGUGUUGUCUCUCGCCAGACGGGCCUGACUCGAUGUUUUGCAGGGGAAAGGCAACCUACCGACAUGCUGCGUUUCUUAAUAGGACUUGAGGGGAACCUUCAUUCAUGCGAUGUAGCGUUAUGUGCGUACUAAGCCCAGAUUGGGUUGCUUUGAAGUGUAAAUAUCUCUGAAACAAGGUGGUUAUUUGAGUUGGAGUCAACACAUAGGGUAAUUUGAGGUAUAAAAAAAAAAAAAAAAGACACCCACUGAAACCUUCAGCUUGAAAACCCGCCUCCCGGGAAGCCUUUUUAAAAAGACUGAAUAUUUAUUUCUCUUUUUAUUAGUUUGACUGUAUCCUUUUGGGAUUGGGAUGGGAUUUUUAUGGGUGCCAUUUCUUUCAACGGUCAUUCAUUGAAAACCUGCUGCAGUCCUGCGCCCUCGCCUCUCGCCAGUCCAUUAAAGGGUCUCCGUGCAGGAACCUGCUAGACAUGAAGGACGCUCAACAGACUAUUUUUGAACAUUUCCUUUCUGCUUCUGUCCCCGUGUUUGUAAUUUCCUGGUAUUUCUCAGUUAUUCUGAGUCUCCUUGAAACUUACUAUUGAUUUAGUUUAAAAACUGAGCACUUGCUAAUAAGUGCCCUGUUCUUCUUCCAGGCUGUUUUUAGAGUGCUACCACUGCAAGGCAAAGCUUGUACUUUAAUAAGGAAUUGGUUGGACAUUUGAUUUCUUUUUUUUUUUUUUUUCAUGAACUAAACUCGUGUUUUCUUUGAGUUUCACUAUCUAUUGUUAAUUUCUUUGUCUUUUUUUUAAAAAAAUGUCCUUUUUUUUACUUUUUUUUGUUUUUUGUUUUGUUUUGUUUUUGUUUUUUAGUUUAAUUUGAAGUUGAAUUUUGAUUGUUUUCAAUAAAUUGGAUAAAGUGUAAUUGAGUCAAAAUCAAGAGAAUAUUAUUUGAGGAUUUUUUUUUUCCUACUUGUUCUUUGAUCACUUAUCGACUUUCAUUUAAAUGGAGAGAACACUUUGACAUUUAAAGAUGGCUAAAUUUUACACCCUACUUAUGCGUGUUUCCACAAACAGUGCUCAAAAAAUCAGGAACACCCUCCAGAUUUCCAGUUUGAACACAAUGUCUCAAAUUUCUCAGAUUUAAAAUCCAACAUGUCUUUUCUGCGCAGUCCACUUCACUGUUCCUCCUGACUGAAGGGGAUUUAACUGGUUAACAAGGUCGGGGAUUACACUUUGACAGUUUUACUUGAUCUGAAGAGCAGGCGUUCUGUUAUUUUGUAAUGGUCUAGAUCGGCAGUUUAACAUUGCAGGAACAUAGGUGGUGGAUUUGAUGGGAGAAGACUGACCUUGAUUGAAUUUGCCCUGAUCAAGUGUCCCAGUCCCAAAUCCAAGCCUAACAAAACUGACCCGGGAUCAGAGGACCCCUGUUUGAACUGGCUGUUUCCCUGCUGGACUCAGAGGCAGCAAACCGAACCUGCCACAGGUUUGGGCCUACAUUAGAUGCUGUGGCUGGCUUUGAUGCCUAAUGUGAAUGUGCCUAUCUGUAAAUACUGAAAGUGAGUGAUUGUGACUUGAGUCUGAUGCUAUGUGUGUGGGCUGAUCUGCUAAAACGGUCAUGUUAAAUAAAUGAUUUCAUUUUCUAA